ACCACUGUUCAGUAAAGUUGUAAUUAUUGUAGUAAGUAAGUAAGUUGUGGUCCAAUCUUGGUCGUAACAAAAUAAUAAUAAAAGUAACGAUAAUAAUAAUAAACAUCUGCUAUGCGAUACGAUACUAUACGAUACGAAUUACGAAUCUAUGAUACGAUAUGAUUACUGAAUAUUAUUUAUUUUCCUUAUUAAUAAGCUCGUUGCUCAAUGCUAUGAAUGCUAUUCGGAUUCGGAAUCCACUGACGACAUCAGCAACUCCAUACACUAUUUAGCAAUUAUUAUUGUCAAUAAUUGUAUCUUAACUAUAAAUAAAAAUAAUAUCACUUUUGCGCAGAAACCCUGACGAAAUUGAUUGAAAUUAUAACAUCGAAAUAUUAUGUUGAGUGACGGAACUUGGCCGAAAUCCGAAACUCUGUUAACCGCGUCCGUUCACACGCCUUGCUGACUUAUCGUGUGCGAAAUCGUCUGGUUUCAUUUUCAAUCGAUCUUUUGUGUCGCUUUACUUUAUGAAAUGGUGCGAAACGAUCUAUAUAUCAUGCCAUAAACGUGUGAUUGAGUGAUCGUAAGUCGGCAGUACCGGUAUCGAUGGCCGAUGCUUACCCAGCCGUGUCUCGUCGCAUCGCCGCCGUCGUAUGAUCACCAUAGCGAUUGACAACGCCGUCUAUUGAAUCAUUGUGAUUCAUAUUUAAAUUCGGUUGUGUGAACGACGGUAUUCUCGAAUGUAAUGGAUAAUCAGAAAGUAUGUAAAUCAAAGUUCAGAAGAAAACGAAAGGCGGCUCGGAACGUAACGUUUUGCAUGAAAACAGAGAGAAAUGCGUCGAAUAAAAAAAUAUUAGAAAUAAUUCAAAAACCAUUAUCGGAGAGAACAAUUGAUGACAAAGAAAUUCUUAACACAUGUAAGGAUACAGUACAGAAGAUAUCUCAAAGGUUAGAUAGACAAAAGAAAUUAAAAGAGAGAUGUCAAGAGUUUGAAGAUCCAAUUGAAGUACAAGAUUCAAAAUGUGAAGAACUUGCUAAGGCUAUUUUGUCUGCAUCAAAUUUAGUUGUGUAUACAGGUGCUGGGAUAAGCACAGCAGCUAAAAUACCUGAUUAUAGAGGCUCAAAUGGAAUAUGGACAUUAUUAGAUCAAGGAAAAGAUAUUGGAUGUCACGACUUGAGCCAAGCAGAGCCCACAUUAACACAUAUGGCAUUAUAUCGAUUAUACCGUGAAGGAUUACUCGGACAUGUCGUGUCUCAAAAUUGUGAUGGGUUGCAUUUAAGAAGUGGUCUACCAAGACCAGCAUUGUCAGAAGUUCAUGGUGAUAUGUUUAUUGAGGUUUGUAACAAUUGUAAGCCAAACAGACAUUAUUUACGAAUGUUUGAUGUGACAGAACAUACAGCAAGAUUUAAUCACAAAACACUGAGGUUAUGUUAUGCUUGUCACAAACCGUUGAAAGAUACAAUUGUUCAUUUUGGAGAACGUGGUAAACUUCAGUGGCCAAUUAAUUGGUCAACAGCUUGUAAACAUGCUGAAAAAACUGAUGUGAUUUUGUGUUUAGGAUCCAGCUUAAGGGUUCUGAAAAAGUAUCCAUGGCUUUGGUCAAUGGACAGACCAGCUAAGAAAAGACCAAAAUUAUAUAUUGUAAAUCUCCAAUGGACUCCCAAGGAUGACCAUGCUACACUAAAAAUAAAUGGUAAAUGUGAUGAGAUUAUGAAAAAAGUAAUGUCGAUCUUAAACUUGGAUAUUCCUAAGUAUCAACGUUGUCUUGAUCCUAUAUUUCACCAUGCCACAAUGUUAGUAGCUGCUGAAGAACAUACAACGGUACAUCCUGUUUUAGCAGUUCCGACUGAUGAUGUUCAAAAAACUGAUUCAAAUACAGUAACAAAGUGUGAAAAAAUAGAAUUAGAUAUUAAUAACGAUGUAAUUAUUACCAAAAUGUGUUCAGGAUCAAUAGACCUAAUUAAACCAGUUGAUCUCAGUUUAGUAAAAUUAGAAAAUAAUACAUCCACAGUUGAUCAAAGUGAGUCAAUUAAUUCUCCGUCGUGUUCAAAUAUGGAUUUUGUUCCAAGUUUAAGUAAUUUUUGGAGACCUUUUAUUGAAGGUGUGGAUCAAAAUUCAUUGGAAGGUCGCAAUAUGCUAUCAUUGGUUGAACCAAUAGUACCAUAUUUAAAUCCAUUUUUCAUCAAUAAUAUGGAAACUUUAGGAUUGUCUCCGACACCUGUUGAUCAGUUUUACAAGAAUUUUGUAUAUCAAGCAUGUAUAGGAUUAGCUGCAGUUGAAAAAUUGCAAAUAGAAAAAAAGCUGACAAAUAAUUUAAAAAAAAAGAAAAGUGAUAUUAGUGAAGAUAAAGAUAUUAAAAAAACAGAUGUUUCAAUAAAUCGAUAUUGCACAUUUUGUCAUCCAGUUUAUGGUUCAACCAAAUGUCUGUUUUAUCAUCGAUAUGAAUCGAAGUUCAAAGAUGAUGUAGCCAUUAAUUGUCUGUGUUGUGAUGAUGAUGAUACGGAUGAAGAAGACGAAAAUGAACUAAAAACUGAAGACAUGGCUGAUAAAAAUGAUGAGGUUAUAGAAAAGGCCAAAGUUACUGCUGGCUGGUUUGGGAAAGGUUACAAAAAAAGAAUAAAAAAAAAGAAAUAGGUAUGAUUAUUUAUUUUGAUAUUUUUUCUCAUUAUUUCUUUACCUUCCAGUAUUUAAGUUAAGCUAUAAUUUAUAUUGAAAGGUUGUAUAUUUCUAAGAAUAUAAUAGUAUAAGUAUCCAUUUGGCAACCUUCAU